CCGUAUCGUCUUUUACUUCAUGGAGGAAGGUUUGUCGAUGCCAAAGUCAACGCCUGCUACGAUCGCAAUGAUGGCGGAGAAGCGAAGUCUUGAUUCCAGUGGGGCAAGCCCAACGUUGCCAAAGAAAGCUCGAACGAGCACUGGCGAAGACCAUACGACCCAGGGCAACCCUCCGUUGCCGUCGAAAAUGAUUGAGAUUUCCAACGACCCGAACUAUACCAACAUGAGUGACGACGUGUUUCGCAGCACGAGUCUAGCUUCCAGUGACGCACACUAUAUCCAUUCUCUUUCCAUUCCUGGGAAAUACGAAGCAUUUCACGUGUAUGGCCAUGCUGACAAGACCUCGACUAUCAGCAGUGUCUACUUUGGAAGAAAGCUUUGUGGUCAUGAAGGAAUUGUUCAUGGUGGGUGCAUAUCAACAGUUUUAGACGAGCUCUUCGGAUGGACAAUGUUCUGGUUCGACCACCCCUUACACGUUUCCGAUUCGAUCUUAACACACUGUGUGUGCAGGAUGACCGACGACAUCGGGUUUACUGCAAACCUCAAUGUGAAUUUCCGAAAGCCACUUCCCGUUGAUACGUUUGGAAUCGUGCACACAGAGUUCGACAAACGCGAACGUCGAAAGGUCUUCAUGAAGUCGCGGCUCGAAGACAACGACGGAAACGUGUUUGCCGAAGCCACGACAUUGUUUAUCUUGCCCAAGCCAGCAGAGUGACUGUAACCAACACUCCUUCACUCUAACGUGUGCCGUCUGUCGCAGUUGGUUGGAUUCCGUGCCCUGUCGAAAAGGGAUGCUAAACUAGACGCUUGUCGUCCCCA